CUAGUCUUUGGUCGAUGGAAGCCAUCGCUUACGAAAGAGGUGUGCCUGACAGCAGAUGCCAUCCCUCAGCAACUUGGAUCCAUCCCUCCAUCAAAGGGUGACUCGCUGACUGACUCUUUUAGCCAGCUUGCUGACUGACUGACUGGUUUGCUGACUGGCUUAAAGCGGGAAUGUCAGACAGGGAGAACCAGUCCUGUCUAUCGGCAGCAGAAGAUUCACUUUCCUUCCUGGUGUGUGUAUUCCAUGCAUUGAAGAAAUGGCUGGGCCUGGGUCAGGUGGAAGACUACUUAAGUGUUUUGGAGUACCUGGUGUGGGUCUUUACUCCUCUGGCGAUUGUCUUCAUCGUGCCCUUUCUCAUUGUGAUCCUCCUCUACCUCUCCAUACUCUUCCUUCACCUGUACAAGAGGAAAAAUCAGCUGAGGGAGGCCUACUGCAACAAUCUUUGGGAUGGAGCAAGGAAGACUCUGGCAACUCUCUGGGAUGGACAUGGAGCCAUAUGGCAUGGCUAUGAAAUCCAUGGUAUGGAGAAGAUCCCUGACAAAGGAGCAGCAUUGAUAGUGUACUACCAUGGCGCUAUCCCCAUUGACUACUACUAUUUCCUGGCAAAUGUUAUCAUCCAGAAGGGACGCACCUGCCACUCUGUAGCCGACCAUUUUCUCUUCAAGAUCCCAGGUUUUAAACUGCUGCUAGAGGUGUUUAGUGUAAUCCAUGGGCCCCAGGAAGAGUGUGUACGGGCCCUGAAGAGUGGCCAUCUGUUGGGCAUCUCACCAGGAGGGGUCCGGGAAGCCCUGUUCAGUGAUGAGACCUAUCCUCUACUUUGGGGCAAACGAAAAGGCUUUGCACAGGUGGCCAUCGACUCACAAGUGCCAAUAAUUCCAAUGUUUACUCAGAAUGUCCGCGAGGGCUUCCGGUCACUGGGAACACUCAAGUUCUUUCGUUGGGUGUAUGAGAAGUUUCGCCUGCCCGUAGCUCCAGUUUAUGGUGGCUUCCCAGUAAAAUUCCGUACCUACUUGGGUGACCCCAUCCUUUACGAUGCUAAUAUGGAUGCUGCUGAGCUAGCAGAGAAAGUGCAGCAGGCAGUUCAGUCCCUCAUCGACCAACACCAGAAGAUUCCUGGAAGUAUCCUGCGAGCCCUGCUAGAGCGCUUAUACACUAGACACAAAGAUGAGUAACCCUUAUCUGAGGCAGAUCUCCCUCUGUAGAUCCAGGUCGACAUAACCUAUAUUGUUUACUUUGCUAAAAGAGGAAUUCCGUCCAAAUGCAGAAUAACCAAGUCUGGGCUAAAGAGCAAUGGUAGCCCAAGUCAUAGGACAAGUUGUAAUAAUGUCAUGUUACAACACACCCUGAUAUCCCAGUAAUGAGAUGUUGAAGGGAAAAUCACAUACUAGAAGAAAAAUGACCACUGCCGUGGAGCCAACAUGGCUGCCAGUGAACACAUCAGCAGGCAGACUGUCUCCAUAAGGCUCUGGGAAUACUGGCCUCGGACACUUCUCUGGUUCACAGCCUUACAAACUUAAAUAGGAAGUCAAGCACAAUAAAUGAUGUAAGGACGUGCCAGCUGACAUCCUGGACCUCAGUGCUAAAAUACUAUUGGAGGAAGCAGCAGUCAUUAUUUAUUUAUCUUAGUGUAGUGGGACAAGGUUCUGGGAAAUGGUUGUGGCAUCUUUGGUCACAGGAUUACUUGGAUGAGAUUAUUUAUAGCGUGUGUUGACGAUAUAUGGCUAAUAUAUGAUUUAUGUACAAAACAUCUAAAUGUAUAUAACGUUUUGAAUCCUUGUGAUUAAUGUUCUGAAUUUUCUAAUUUUCUGUGAUUUGUGCAGUAUUUAAACAAAGGGGAAAUGAAAUAUCAGCCUUUGGAGCCAGAGAUAUCCAUUUGGUACAUGUUUUUGCUACAGUUCCCUUAUAUUUGAGGAAAAUAAACCUACGUGGUUAAGAUGAGAAACUCACACCAAGAAGAAUGAAAUGUCCACAAAGGACUUCUCUGAUUUUGCAUUAAAUUUAUUUUUAACUUCUUAAAUAUGGACUUUCCCUCAUUUUUGUCACUCUUGGUGAGUCUGUUUCUUCAGUGUUUUUGGAAAAAUAUCUUCCAGUCUUUAACUAAGCAAUAAAAUAACUACAGAGUGCA